AUGCCUCCCAACGCAAAUAAUUUCUUGGCCCGGUUUCUUUUGGCCAUUCUCAGGCAGACGGGUACCAAGAAUGUUAACUGGAACCAAGUCGCGAACGACCCCUUUCUGCUGAAGCCCAUUGUGUCUGGCCGGGCUGCCAGAAUGAGAUACAAUCGCUUCCUCAAUACCAUUGCCAACGACAAACCAACGCAGAGACGCAGCUCAAGCAAAAAUUCUGGAGUGAUCUCCAAGUCCUCAUCCCCGAGAGAUUUUCGAGCCAAGAGAAGCCCAAGUACCGAGUCAGAAUCCGACGUCGGCUUCGCGGUGUAUCCUCAGUUCAACCCGGACGUCUCCCGCCACAUAAGUGACCUCAGUAAAGACUUUCAGUCUUUCCGACCGCCAAUACAUCUGCCCAGCAGCGCAGAUCCCUCAGGCGAGCUUGUUGACGGCGGCGACUACGAGGGUGACAUGAUCGGUUGCGGCAACCACCACAACGACAAAAAUGUGGACGACGACGACGACGACGAAGCUCGCUUCAGUGCCGAACUCAGCUUGGAGAGUCUACGUAGCCUCGCACUGAAAACUGCACUCCAGUCGAGGGACCACUCUCAAGGUUUUUACAACAAACCGCGAACUAUCGAACUACAAAUCAAGCCGCGCCCACAUGAUUACGAUUGGUGCGCUGAAUUUCAUCUCAGACUGCCAAACCUUUGCCAAAUCCUAACUCAUAUUCUGACAUCCUGUCGCGACUUGCGGACUUUGAUUAUUGUCACGAAGAGUGGCAACCAUCCUGGUGACAGCGAGGAGAUCAGCGAAAACGAGGAAAUCCCCACAGCACGGAUUACUCGUUAUAUCAUGCAGUAUGUUCUGCUAGCGUGUUACGUCCGCCUGGCCGUCCAUGGAGUUGUUACCAAACGACUACCCCGGGUCGCGAAUGUGACGUCGAUCAGCGCGCAAUCAUUGGCGCGUUGUUGA